CCCAUCUUCAAUGAGCAGUUGAACAAAGGCAUUGAGGAUGCCAUGACCAAGAGGUCUUACGACAGUAUAGCAGCCUCGCCGUACGCAGCGCCUUCAGGCCGGCAAGCCUCUCAUGAUGCCGACGGCAAUGGGAGUCACGAGGAUGGUGAAGGGUCAUCGCUGAAGAAGCCUCGGUCUUUUAUGGCUACCUUGGCCUGCGAUAUCUGCCGAUUCAGAAAGACACGAUGUGACGAGGACCGGCCAAAAUGUGGCUAUUGCCGGACUAUGAACCUGGAGUGCACUUAUCAAGUCCCCCGAACGACCAAGAAGGACCAGUCGAUGGCAGUAGCAAUAAAUGCAAUCCGUCGCCUCGAAUCCAAGAUCGAGGAUUUGACGGCCGUCGUGCAGGCUUCGAAAAGCGCACAUGCAGCACCAACGCCGGCUGCAAUGCAAGCCUUAGAUCACCGUUCGCCGAUCUCGACUGUCUCGCAGCCGAGCCCAAGGAACGAUGCCCAAGGACCACUGGUACCACGCCAUGAUCGAUUGAGUGUCCACGAAUCGGCCAUGUCACCGCAAGCUGCACCGACGCCUGGCAAGAGCCCAUACAUGGUACCUGAUCCUCAAAGCAAGGUAGCGCUCUCUUUCAGUCAGCAUCGAGUAGCAGUAUGGCCUGCCGUCCAGCAGAUUCUGCCAUCAGAGUUCGUGGCAGCCUGCACAGCCCUACCGGAGGACUACGUCGCUGAGAUUGAGAGUCAGCGGCCGGCCCUCCCAAUCCACAUUGAUCGACCGAUGAAUACACAUCCGGAGACUUGGCUGAUGGAUUUACCCCAAUCUGUUGUAAAGGGCAUCGCAGACGCUUACUUUGCUGUAUUCCAUCGUAACUCGCCUGUCCUGGACAAGUUUCACUUCUACUCGAGCACGCUGGGCUUGGCCUUAGAGACUGACUUCGGGCACGACAUCGAGUCAUGCCUAGUGCUGAUAGUGCUUGCUCUGGGUUGUCUUGCGGUAAAAGCCCACGAGGAAGGAGACUUCGCCUUACCAUCACGCUUUGGUUCACCCGAAGGUGGCUUCACCCGGCCAGACUGGUACGGACCGGUCCUGGACAGCCAGCCAGGCCUAGGGUUCUUCAACGAAGCUCGCAAACGCUUUGGUUUCCUCAUGACACAGAACAGUUUGCAAGCAGGCCAGUACUACAUGCUGUCGACAUUGUAUUAUGCGCAGAUCUUACGACCUAUGGACUCCUGGACGACUGUGAACAGAGCUGCGCUGUGCUGUACAAGCAUCCUGACCCGGACCGAAGCUAUCGACUUCGAUCAGUGGGAGGGAGACAUGUUUAGUAGGCUGUUCUGGAACACGCUCAUGUACGAGACGGUUAUUACACAGGAGCUCGAUACCCUGCCUCACAGUGGACUCCUCGAGUUCGAGCCUGACAUACCGUUGCCGAAAUUCACCCCGUGCCCCCGACCAAAGACAUCCAUCUCUGGCCUGAUUACAGAUGAAGACGAGUCAUUGUUCAACUUCCACUUUCUCGCUCAGGCUGCACACAGAAUCAUCCUCACCCGAGUCAAGCAGAACAUAUAUUACUAUGCGGCGAAGGAAGCAUUUCCAAACGCCAGCAUCACUGCGGAAAUGCACCACCAGCUUGAGCAAUGGCGCGCAAAUCUGCCGCCGUCGUUGCAAUUCGUAGACAGUGAAAGCGCCGACAACUCGCCCAGCCCUGCGCAUGUCAUCGCGAAAGCCAUGUUGCGUAGUCGCUACCUCGUCGCAAAAUUUCACAUCGGCCGGCCAUUUUUGUACAAAGCAUUGCAUGCGCCUGAGUUCACUAAUAAUGCAGAAUAUCAAGAGGUGCGAGAAGGGCUUCGAGGCGGCAUGUUUUGGCCGACCACAAUGGGCCUCUGCACACAGAUGCUAUCGGCCUUGCCGAUCAAGUUUGGCUGGUGCUGUCAGUGCUUCGGGCAGGUGCUACUAUUCCACGCCGUUGCGCGAUCGACAGACGUAAAGUUGAGAGAGACGUUACCAGAAGGCUGGCAGGAGUGGGUGACAAUUAUGAUGGUGCUCAUUGAGAAGUGCGCCAGGGAAAGCCCAGGUAUCGCGAAGGACUUUGAGCUGCUCAGUAUAUUGUAAGGGUCGCUCGGUAGUUUGAACAUCAUGCACCACCACAGAAUAAAAUCAACGAUGCACCCCUGAACGC